CUUGAACUCCACCCACCCUAUCACUAUGUUUUUGUUUGAAGGAAAAAAGGUACAUUCAAGGAAACCUGAAAUGAGUUUGUAAAUAGGGUGUCGGUGGAGUAGCAUUGGCAAAGGUGGGUCAGCCUUCACCAUCCUUCCCAUCAAUUGCGUCUUCCCAAAUCCAGCCUGGUUCUUCCCUUCAUCUCCCCCGUCCAUUCUUCCUCUGAUAGAGAUUCUUCAUCUCACACCCCCAGAACCACCAAAUACAUACUGCAAAAAGAAGCAAACUUCCCUUGCAUUUCUCUUUCCCGUUCCAGAUCUCAACUCAUCUGAUCAGCCACUUCCAUUUCCCUUCAUAAAAUAUUCACUGGUUAGGUUAUCGUCUAGAUCACUUUGAAGAGAAAAGAGAUGGGGCCUUCGUUGAAACUGGUUGGCUUGGUGGUAAUGCUUCUGGCAGCGGCGGCUGCGUCUGUGAGUGGUGAAGCGGAGCAGCUGACAAAAACGCCUCCGACGACUGUGGUGAUGAAGAAGGGAGUGAAGAUAUGCUCGAAAGAGUGGGAGUGCAAACACUCCAAGUUCUGCUGUAAUUUGACCAUCACCGACUUCUUCGAUUCCUACCAGUUUGAGAAUCUCUUCUCCAAGAGAAACUCCCCCGUUGCUCACGCCGCCGGCUUCUAUGAUUACAAAUCUUUUAUCAUUGCCUCCACGGACUAUCAGCCAAAAGGAUUCUGCACAACUGGCGGCAAGAAAAUGCAGAUGAGAGAACUCGCCGCUUUCCUUGGCCAUAUUGGUGCCAGAACUUCAUGUGGUUAUGGUGUGGCUACUGGAGGACCAUUGGCUUGGGGUCUAUGUUAUAAUAGGGAGAUGAGUCCUAUGCAAGCCUACUGUGAUGAAAGCUACUCAGUGAUCUAUCCCUGUGCUCCUGGAGCUCUGUAUCAUGGCCGUGGUGCCUUGCCUAUUUACUGGAUCAGGAACUUCAAUUAUGGACGCGUAGGUGAAGAACUAAAUGUGGAUCUCCUGAACCACCCUGAAUACCUUGAACAAAACGCCACCUUGGCUUUCCAGGCUGCGAUGUUGAUGUGGAUGACGCCACUGCGUAAGGGGAAGCCCUCAGCUCAUACUAUUCUUGUCAACACUUGGAGGCCAACCAAGAACGACACUCUAGAAAAGAGAGUUCCUGGCUUCGGUGCUACCAUGAACAUACUCUAUGGUGAUGAAGUAUGUGGCAAAGGUGAGGAUGUUGACGCCAUGAACAGCAUCAUCUCCCAUUACCUGUAUUACCUCGACUUGCUGGGUGUUGGUCGUGAAGAAGCAGGGCCCCAUGAAUUCCUGACCUGUGCUGAGCAGAAAGCAUUCUAUCCAUCCUCCACAACCUCUUCUUCUUGAGGCAUGCAUGUUCAGUGUAAAACAACAUAAUUCAAUAAGGGGGAGCAGUUAAGGUUUCACCUCCUUACACCUUCCGUUUAUGCUACUGCUCUAUACUCACUCAUGAAGCACUCUCUAUAUGUAUUACACUUGGGAUCAUAGUAUCAUAUGUACUGAUGUUGCUGUUCUUAUGGGCUUGCAGCUGCCCUAUUGUUUUUUGGGAUUUGUUUGUGCUUGCAUAGUUUGUGUAUCUGUGUAUGAUUUAGUAGUGAGGGUUGGCGUAUUUUAUGUACUAUAAAAAGCAUACACGAACCUAUCAAUUGUGAAGACUUGAAGCUUGUGCGUUAUUUUGGAUUUUAUUUUUUCUCUUAAAGCUGUGUCAGUCAUGAAUAUUUCGGCUAUUAGCCUAGGCAGGAC